CUGGUUACUUUGUCGCUUGGCUUCCUUUGCCUGUCAGCUGUGCUGUCCAAACAACAAUAACUGCCAGGAAGAUACUUGUGCUACAGUCUUUGAGUCAACAGGACAGAGUUGAGAGAUAGUUAGAUAUCUCAGAUGAAAAGGAGAGACUGGUGAUGCACAAUGGAGGACUUCCGGCGGACAUACAUUCGUCUGUGUAAGGACAGCGGGAUGGAGCCUCAGGAGAGUGUGGUGGCUCGGCUACAGGAGAGCAGGGGGGCUCAGAGCUCCAGCCUGGACUUGAGUGGACAGAGCCUGUCUGUAGAGACCUGCUCCGUGCUGGCCAGGGCCUUCCAAAAAGACACCGUCUUUACAGAGGUGCUGCUUAGUGACUGUAUGCUCAGCGAGGAAGGUGCAAAAGUACUUCUAAGUGGACUGUCAGGUAACACAUCUGUAAAAGUCCUGGAUCUGAAGGGUAACAACCUGAGAUCGACAGGGGCUGAGGUGUUGGGAAAGCUGUUGGCACUAAACAAGACUCUGCGUCGGCUGGUGUUGGAGUGGAACGCUUUGGGCGUGUGGGACGAAGCCUUCUCCCUCCUCUGUGAUGGUUUGGCUUCCAACAGCGUGCUGACUCAGCUGGACCUGCGCAAUAAUCAGAUCAACCACCAUGGAGCAUCCGAGCUCGCACUGGCACUUAAACGCAACACCACUCUGCAAGUACUGGACCUGAGGUGGAACAACAUUGGCCUGCUGGGCGGCAGGACUCUGCUGGAGGCUCUGCAGCAGAACAAGAGCAUCACGCAGCUGGAAAUGGCAGGGAACAACAUACCCAGUGACACACUCAAAGCACUUGAGCAGACCACAGGACACAACUCAGACAGACAGAGCAGCCUGAGGGAGAGCCGCAGCAGGACGCAGGUCCUCGGCAAGGAGAUUCAGAUACUGAAGGAAGAGAAGGGGCGGCAGUUCCUAAGCCUCAUGGAAACCAUAGACAGACAGAGGGAGGAGAUGGGACGCUCCAGUGGGUCUGCCUCCAUUCAGAUAGGCCAGCUCCAGGAAGCUCUGAAUGAGAGGAAGUCAGCUGUCAACUCUCUCACUGCCAAACUACAGAUGACUGAGGCUGCCCUCGCCCUCUCAGAGCAGAAGAACCACAACCUGGGAGAGCUGCUGACACGAGUGAAGUCUGAGAAAGAAGAACAGAGGGACCGACAGAGCAGAGAGAGGAAGAAGGACCAGGAGGACAAUGCACUCAGAGAGGGCAAACUCCUCAGAGAGACCCAAAACCUGAGCGACACCAAAGCCCAACUCAUGAAUAAAGUGGAGGAUCUGGAGCGCAGGUGUAAGUCUCAGCAGCAGCAGAUCUUUGAGCUGAAGCAGGAGCUGACCAACAGCACCGCCGAGCUCAAGCUGCAGCUAGCACAGGCAGAAGACCGUCUGGAGAUAGAGAAGCGGAGGUCCAAGCAGGCUCUGCAGGACAGCGACAGUCUCCGCCAGAAAGAGGUGGAGCAAUUGAAUCGUCAUUUGGAAGAGUGUGAGAGGACUCUGCAGGAACGCAUCUUCAAACUGGAGGGACAGAGGAUACAACUGGAGGAGGAGCUGAGUAAAGCCAGAGCGUUGUGUGUGACGGAGAGGGCCCAGGCGGAGGAGGAGCUGGGUAGAAUGCGAGCUCAAGUUCGCCUGGAGGAGCAGGAGCAUGUGUCCUGUGUGGAGGAGAAGCUCCGCUCUGUGCGCUGCGGCCUGCAGGAGGUGCAGCUCCACUCCUCGCAGCAGAAACAGACCAUCUCUGAGCUGCAGGCCAAGAACAGCCAGCUGAGCAUCGGGAUGGACGGACUGCGGCGCCGGACGGAGGAGCUGCAGCAGGAUCUGUCAGGGAAGGAGCAGGAGAAGGUGGCUGAAGUGAGCCGGGUGAAGGUGGAGCUGCAGGAGCAGAUUGGACACCUACAGGCAGAGAGGACGGCACAGGGAGGACUUAGAGAGAAGAUCAGCGCUCUGGAGAGAGAGAUUAAAGUACUCAGCAGUAACCACAGGGAGGUGCUCCUGGACAAAGAGAGUGAGAUGUCCUCCAUGCUGGAGAAGCUCCGGCUGAAGGAGGCGGAGAUCCAGAGGAUGAGGGAGGACGAAGCCAACAGAGCCAGCUACCUGCAGAGCGCCAUCCUCACCUACGUCCAGGGAUCGCCUCUAGGACACUACAGCAGCCCCAAGAAAUGACCGAAAGACCACAAGCAUUCAACUGUAACCUCUGAGCCCUCAGGUCAUAACCUCCUGAAGUAUAAAAAUAAAUCAUGAGUGUCUGGACAUGAAACAUUCGGAAAACUCAGGAGAAUCAUGAGUGUGGGGGGACAUUGGAGCUGGGCUGUAUGACUGUGAGCUGUAAACAUACCUAACACAAUGUGCAUAUCCAGUCAAAAAAGGGUUGAAAAGUCCUGGGGGAAAAACGACUGGCCCCACAUCCAGGACAUGUGGAGGACAUUCAUGGUCCCCAGAGAAUGUGGUUUCCCUCUCUGGGACUAAUUCACUUUUAAGUAUUUUGAUCCAUUUGCCCUUUUAUUGUCUAAAAAAACAUUGCCAGCUGGAUGAGAUUAUAACCUGUUUCAAAAUACCGUGUUUUUAUCCUUCUUCAGCUUAAGCAUCAGCUUUUAUUAAUUAACAAAGGCGACACUACACUGAAAAAACUGAAAGGUUGACUUUAAUUAAAUGUAUUAUGUCAACAAAUUUCAAGCAACUGUAUUAGGUUAGUUGAAAGCAAUAAUAUUAAGUUAAAGCUAUUUAAAUGUAAUAUUAUUGCUUUCAACUAACCUAAUACAGUAAUGUGAAAUCUGUUGACAUAAUACAUUUAAUUAAAGUCAACUUUUCAGUUUCUUCAGUGUAUAAGGUGUCUUAUAUGCAACAUGCUAAGUACCUUUAACUGUUUAGAUGUGCAAGAAUUGAACCUUCAGUAAAGUCUGUCUUAUCAUAAGAAAAUAUUUGAUCCGGGACUAAACUGCUGUUGAAAGAACAAUUAAUUUGCUUUGAACACAGCCCUCUCUUAUGCUUUAUAUGUUCUGAGAUUAUUGCCAACACAUGCCUACUCUCAUGUCUCUAGCGCUCCCGUUUGCUCCGUCUACUGUACUGUCCUUAAAUGGACCGUGCGUCAACAUUUCUCUCUUUGAAGCCCAUUGAGUUGCAUAUUGUUGUUCUCCUCCAGUCUAGUUGAGUUGAAGACACUGAAGUGUUUACAUACAGAAUGAGAUUUGCUUCAAAUAGGCCUUAAUAUCUUAUUAUCUUAUCUGUCAGUCCAGACGGCUGCCUCUCUCCAGUUCAGAUAUAGAAAGCAGUUCACUGAUUCACAACAUGUCUGUUGUUUUUACAAAUUAUUUCAUGAAGUAUAUCCUAAUUGAACUCCUGAUUCAGUCUUUUUUUUUUUUUUUUUACAAAUUGCUGUUUUAUAUCUUCAUAUUGUUUCAAAUUGUUUUUUUCAAGUGAUUUACCAUUGUUCUGUGUUUGAUUUACACAUAUUUUCUUUCAGUGAAUCGUGGUAUUUCUGAAAUAAAUCUCUUGAUUUUU